AGCAUAUGCGCACACGGACCUACCGAAAAUGGAGUAUGUAUUGACAUGUACGAUGUUGGUAACGUAAAACUUAGUAAUUUUAGCGAUUUUUAUAAUGCAGGUGUAGGAAUUUAAAGUGAUAUAUCGCAAAUGAGUUUCAAGAUGUCCAGUUCAAACAGAUUCCCAAGAAGAUCGCGUGGGGAUUUUGAGAUAGCAGGGUUAUACGACCUCGAAGAGACGAUUGGCAAGGGCCACUUUGCAGUUGUGAAGUUAGCCCGACAUGUGUUUACAAAUGAGAAGGUUGCUGUUAAAGUUAUAGACAAAACGAAAUUAGACGAUAUUUCCAAAUCGCAUUUAUUUCAGGAAGUACGUUGCAUGAAACUAGUCCAGCAUCCAAAUGUUGUGAGAUUAUAUGAAGUGAUAGACACCCAAACAAAACUUUAUCUCAUUCUUGAAUUGGGUGAUGGGGGUGAUAUGUAUGAUUACAUAAUGAAGCAUGAAAAGGGUCUACCCGAAGACAAGGCUAGACGAUAUUUUAGACAAAUUGUAGAGGCAAUUUCAUACUGUCACAAACUUCAUGUAGUUCAUCGAGACUUGAAGCCAGAAAAUGUAGUGUUCUUUGAAAAACUAGGCAUUGUGAAAUUGACUGACUUUGGUUUUAGCAACAUGUUCAAUCCAGGAAAGAAAUUAGAAACAUCAUGUGGUUCUUUAGCUUACUCUGCACCAGAGAUUCUCCUUGGGGACUCCUAUGAUGCGCCUGCUGUGG